GCGGCGGAAGUCACUGGCCCGACGUUGUCCGGACCGGAAGUGCUGCAACGCACACACCGCACGCAGAACCGUGGGCGCGCGCGCGCGCUCGUGUGCUUUAACACUCGACGCCGACCGUUUACGACGCACGCGGGUACGCAACAUUUCACGUACACGUACGGCUCGCGUGACGGACGACACUCGACCGCGGUCGGAUCGCGUGCGGAACACGUCGCCGUUCGCGAUUUCUCCUCGCUUCCCGGUCGUCGAACGCGCAACAAUUUAAUAAACUCGACCGACCCCACCGCGGACGUCGCGUCCAAAUGUUUACAAAAAUAUCUAUUCAUCGUUACCGGCGGCCGGUUAGUGACUGACCAGCGGUACCAGUUGGUAUUGCAUAGCGGGUAGUACGUGCGGUAGCUGCGUACGGUAUACGGUUAUGGGUAGUGUUGCGGCGGUAGAAUAACCGCAGCGCGUUCGAGUCUCGAUAUCGUGGCGUAGCGGUUUUACGUUGUCUUGCGGUUCGAUUACGUUCGUUGUUUGUUGCGUUUAUUGUUACGGAGGGGCAGUGCGGCCCACGGCGUGUUAUCGUGUCGGAACGGCACUGCGUGGGUGCAUUAGCGGCCGUUGGGCCGUUUUUUCGUGCGGGCAAAUAAGAACGAAAAAAAUCAAACGUAACGACCGUUUCCGGACGGAAAGUGUACGAAUCACCGCAUUGCCCGUCAGAAGUCGCGGACGGAUACACGGUGCAGGGAUCGCGUGAUCGCGGGUCCCGCGACCGACGGCAACCUGUCCGUGGCCGGUAGAAGAACGCCGGGCGAAGGAUCGAGGACCGGAGAAGGCGCGAACCGUGUGCUCAUCAUGUCCAGGAGGAAACAGGCCACGCCGCGUUCGCUCAGACAUGGAAAUCCUGACGCAGAAGACGUAUUUGAUGAUGAAGACAUUAUGCCGCCACUAUCUCCUACAGGAUCUGGAAGUACGAAGAGCGACGACGACGAAGGGGACGAAGAUGAGGACGAGGAGGAGUGCAUCGUGGACGACGAUCUGUCGGCGAGUUUUACCGAGGAUUCGAACCACAGUCUGUUCUCAGAGGCGCUGAGUGGCGCGGGCGAGGUGAGCACCGAAGAGGCGGCCUCGUCGUGGAGCUCGGCCGUGUCGGAAGACCACACUUCGCCGGACAGCUGCACCACAAGCAACAGCCGGCCCGGUUCCACGGUUGAACACCACCGCGACAAUCACCACCACCGCCACCACCAUCCCCGUCACCACAGCCGUCCGUCGUCGUACGCCACGGCCACGGUUGCCGCCGCAGCCGCCGCCGCAGCAGCCGCGACCGCCGCCGCAGCAGCAGCCAACUCCAACGAGGCCAACCCGUACGCAUGCCAAUACUGCGACAAGACGUUUCCCCGGGGCAGUUACCUGAAGAAACACGAACAGACUCAUGGAGAAUCAAUGCCUUUCAAAUGUCAAUUCUGCCGGAGGCUGUUCAAACACAAGCGCAGCCGAGACCGGCACGUGAAAUUGCACACGGGGGACAAGAAAUACAAGUGUACUCAGUGCGACCAUGCUUUUUCAAGGAGUGAUCACUUGAAGAUUCACAUGAAAACGCAUGACAAUCAAAAACCGUUCCAGUGCACGGUAUGCAACAGAGGUUACAGCACGGCGGCCGCGCUCACGUCGCAUAUGCAAAACCAUCACAAACGGGCAGCCGAACGGGCAAACUCGCCGCAGAUCUCCGGUCCAUCGUACAAGUGUCUACAGUGCACUCAGAUAUUCCGCAAGCCCGACGAGUUGCAGAACCACACGGCGACGCAUCAUCUGGGCGAACAACUGUCGUCGAAUUCCCGGAGCUCGAAUAAACGUUCGACGCCGCCGAAAACGCCGAACCAGUACAUAUGCAUGUACUGUACCAAAGAGGUGCCUAGCAUGGAAGCACUGCAACAACAUUUCCAGACCAAGCACUCCGCAAUCGUGAACGGCAAACCACCGGACGACGUGUUCUCAAAUAUCCCGUCGGCGGCCGCGUUUCCGUGGCUCAACUUUGCCGACACGCCCGCCCUGACCCUGCCGCCGUAUUCGUGCCGGCUGUGCAUGAGCCAGUUUCCGUCCGUGACUUCGCUCCAGAAACACUUUACCACUGCUCACUACCUGAACUCCGUCCUCAACAACAACAUCCAGAGCAGCAACAACAACAACAACAACAACACCAAAACUAGCAACAAUAACACGAACAGCGGCGGUAAAAGUGUCGGCAGCCCGAUGCCGCUGUUCAAUUGGCCGGCAAUCGCUUCGAACGGAUACCAUCAUCAUCACUCGGCGUCCGGCGGCGGUUUCUUACCCGACGAGAACGUGCAGACCGGGCCCACCGACUUGUCCGUGUCCUCGUCCAAGCACAGCGGUGGCGGUGGUAAGCAUCAUUCUUCGUCAGGCAAGCACAAGUCGACGACGGACGAUGAUCGGACCCACGCGAGCAGCAAAAAGUCCCGUUCGUCGCCCGGCCGUGAACCUGUACCACAACACCUGUCCGACGCACGCCCGACAAAACCAGAACGGACCGGGAGUAGCCACGGGUAUAACGCGUACGAAGGCAAACACCAGCACUACCAGCAGGACCAGCAGCAGUUGCAGUCGGCUGCGCGAUCGGCCGCGCUCGUGGCCAGCUCCAACAACAAGAUCCAACUGCCGUGUCCUCACUGCCACCUGACGUUCGUGCACUUCGAAGACUACCAGCAGCACGUCAUCGGUCACUUCCUGAUGGCCGCCGCCGAGUACGCGUGUCAGGAGUGUUCCACGUCGUUCGCCACCUCCGAGCACGUGCAGAAGCACCUGAUGGAGACGCACGCGCAAAACUUCUACCGGUGCAUGUUGUGCAAAGAGGUGUUCCCCACCAAGUCCGCUCUCAAGGUGCAUUUCAGCAUGAACCACGGUAGCGAGCACCGGAUGUUCCGGUGCAACAACUGUACCGGGCUGUCCAGGCCGCUGUUUCAGACGGAGAUCGAGUUCAUCGACCAUCUGAGGAACACCCAUUACUCGGCAAGAUCGCCGCCACCGCCGGCGCCACCACCAGUCCAGACCAACCUAAUGCUCAGGUGCUUAGUAUGUCACGCCACGUUUAACACGCAAUCCGACAUGGAACAACAUUUAGCUAGUCAUUCCAAACAGUUCCAAUGCCAGUUUUGUUCCGAGGCGUUCCACAUCGAGUUCUUGUUGGACAGGCACAUACAGACGCAUCACAGUUCCGUGAUUUUGAAUCAUCUCAACCGGAAUCGUAGGGAAUCUCCGAACUCCGUGUGCACAUCACCCACGUUCAUGUCCCGAUCGGUCGACGGUGGUAAGCAUGUGAUGGAAAACGGGACGACCGCUUGCGACCUGUGCGAGAAAAACGAUUUCCGAAAUGAGUUAGACUUGAUUGCGCACAAAAGAACGAUGCAUCAGGCAUCGAAGCUCACCAAUCUUUCGACAAAAGUGAGUUUGCAUUGCGCGUAUUGCAACGAGAACUGCAAAUCGAGAACGGAGCUGGAAAAUCAUAUGAAAACCCAUUCGCAGCACGGUUCGAACGUCGGAAAACACAAGUGUAACAUUUGUGACGAGAUCUACCAAUCCGCGAUCAGCCUGGCCGAACACAAACUCACGCAUUGCAAGGUGGCCACAAGCACCGUAUGCAGUCACUGCAAAAUGAUCAUUGACAACGAGGAACAGUUCUACCAGCAUCUCCAGAAGCACUGCAACCCGGUGAACGUGAACGGUGGCCAUGUGACGUUCCCCACGUCAUGCAUCAUUUGCAGACAGACUCUGGUCUCGGACAUCGAAGUCAAGGUGCACGUGCACUACCAUCUGUCCCGGGUCAAAGAACCGCCGGCCGUGUGCGGGAACUGCAACCGGUACAAGUCGUCCGCGUCAUCGCCGUGCACCGGUUGCAGCCGGUCUAGGAACAACGCCACGGAACGAUGUCCUGACUGUGGCACGAUGUUCGAGACUUUCGGCUCGUUACAGCAUCAUCUGACGACCGUCCACAGAAAACCGUUUCACUGUUUCAAAUGCAAGAUCGGGUUCGAGUCGCAACAAGAAGCCACGAUCCACCUGGGCACGCACCUGGCCACGUUAAACGGCUCCGUGGACGGCAUCGAAUGUGGCCUGUGCCCGUGCGUGUUGCCUACGGCCAACGGUCUCCAGACGCACCUGAUCGAGCACACGUUCGCCGGCUGCAAGGCGUACACUUGCUACCUGUGCUCGGCGAUAUUCACGGCGCCCACCGGCCUCCAGGCGCACAUGACGGUCGACCAUUCCAACGAGACGCCGCCGUACGACUGUCCCAGGCCGAAUUGUCCGGCCAAGUUUUUCUUCACCGCUGAGCUCGACCGACACACGCUGGAACACCAGGGACAAGACGUGCUCGCAAACAUGAACUUCUACAAGUACCAGAACAAGCUAAUGUCCGUCUGCGAGAGUAUGUCGUUCAAAUGCGCGGAAUGCUACCAGAGCUUCCUGACGCAGUCCGACCUGCAGUGCCAUGUGUACGACCGGCACCAGCAAAAGGACGCGACGACCGAAGUCAAAGACGUGAAACUGGAAGAGACGACCGGUGGUGAUGAGGUGAAUGGUGGUAGUGUUGGUGGUGUGGAUAAGGCCGGUGGUAAGGUCGUCGAGAAACCGAUCAAGAAAGAGAGCGUGCAGGACGAGGUAAACGUGAAGACGGAACAUCUCGAAAAGGAUGACGGUGACGAGCAUGAAAUUAACAACGACAGUGUCACUAGCGUCAAAAAUGCGGGCGAGGACGACGACGAGGACGAGGACGAAGAACUGAUCGAUGUGGGAGAGAACAACCGUGUCGACGAGAAGCCGCAGGCGGACGACGCGGACGCUCAUUGACCAGUGUCGUCACAUGCACCAUUCACAUUAACGUGAUCAUCAAAAUACGCAAUUAUUAUUUUAAUAUCGUUAUUCUCGUCAUCUGAUGGACACACGUGAUACAUUAUUAUUCGUUUUGACGAAUAAACUCGUACAUCGUCAAACGGUUAUAACAGUACAUUAUGAUAUGGCAUAUAUAUAAUACUUUUUAAUGUUGAUAAUGUUUAAAUCGACGGUGUACAAUUCAUAUAAAGGUAUGUAUAUUGUAAUAUACCAUACACGAUACAUUUGUAAAUUUAAAUAAUAUGCAUGAUAUUAUGAUAGAGUAGGUGGCGAAAUAUAAUUAUUGUUAUUAUUAUUAUUAUGAUCAUUAAUUUUAUAACUAUGAUA